UAGUCAGGGCCGACUACACACCCUGGCGACUCCUACCCGGCGUUGUAUUGGAGACGUAUAACGUAACUGUCAACGACGGAUCACAACUACCUCGGAAAUUAGAUUUCAAGACAAUGAUGCGGUUGGUGAAAUCCGACAUUUUUACUCUAAUUCAAAUAGAAUCUGAAUCUAAUCGCGAAACUUGUAAACACAUGUUGUCUGACAAACAACUUAUGAGUAAAAUCAAAAGAGGAACCUUUUCUUUGUUCAUAUUUGAUUACUUGGAAUUGUGUUCUGCAAUUCUUUUGUAUCAGUUAAAACUCCCAUCUGUCAUGUACUCAAACUAUGGAUUAACGGGUUUGUGGAUUGCAAAUCAGAAUCCCUUAAAUCCAGCCACGACCCUUAUGGAAGGCGCAGACUUUACAAACAAUAUGAACUACAUGGAGCGCUUCAGAAAUACAAUGCUUUGGAUAGCUGCAAAUGCAUUUUAUAACUACUAUUACAUUAGAGACAUAGAAAAUCUACUGUCAACGUUUCUGCCUGAUUAUAACUUUCCUCCAAUUCAUCGUUGCUUUGAAAACGUCUCUAUAAUUAUCGCAGCCAAUACACAUUUUGCCCUUGACUUUCCUAGACCUGUCAUGCCUCAUAUAAAACCAAUAUCCGGGCUACAGUGGACCCCACCGCGCCCUCUGUCGUCCGAUCUACUUUCUUUUAUGUCGUCUGCUCAUCAUGGGGUUAUACUUAUGAGUUUUGGAUCUAUGAUGCCGACGUUGGAAGAGGAGACAGCAGAACUAUUUGCUAAGGUAUUUUCCAAGUUUCCACAGAAAGUAUUAUGGCGAUACAAAGGACCUGUUCCGCCAUCUUUAGGGGAAAACACCAAGAUCAUGGAGUGGAUUCCACAAAACGACAUUCUAGCUCACCCCGCCAUGAAGCUGUUCAUCACACACUGUGGUAUCAGCAGCACGUGGGAGACGCUGUUCCACGCUGUGCCCGUGGUAGCAGUGCCGCUUUUUGCAGACCAGCAUCAUAAUGCAGCUAAAUUGGUGAAAAGGGCAAAAAUCGGGGUUUUAAUCGACUUUCAUACAAUGACACAGAUAGAGCUAGAGGAAGCAAUCAACGAGGUACUAACUAAUGGGAAAUACAAACAAAAAGCGGCAAAGAUGUCCGAAAUUUUACAAGACGUUCCAAUAUCAGGAAAGGAUGAAUUUUUAUUCUGGAUUGACUACGUGAUCCGCCACCGUGGUCCAUUAUUUCUUCACAAUGAGGCGGUUUUCAAACUGUCAUGGUACCAAUAUUACCUUCUAGAUAUAAUCUUGCCAUUUGUCGCUGCAUUUCUUUGUUUCACCUUUCUGUUGAAGGUUUUCGCUGUAUGUAUGUUUAAGGCGGCUGUACGAGUAAUUAGACUCUUGCUGAAGAGAGUUAAACUUAAGCGUUCGUAAUGGUAGUUAGGUGCCAAUCAACCCUUGACGUUUUAUAUGUUGUUGGUAAAUGCUUUUUAAGACAUGUUCCUUGGAUAUUAUCAUAUUUAUUAGCACAUGUAAUUGCUGCAAAUUUGCCGUGACAGCUGAAGCAAUGGCCAUAGACGUGUAUAUACAAUGUGAACACACACAUCGUAGUAUAUAUUUGCCCUUUGACACCAAACAUACAUACCUUUCGCGUCAGU